AUGGAGCAUGUUGAAGCUUUGGUAGAAGGGGAAUGGAGUUCUUUCAGUGGAAUCUUUUCCACUGAGGAGUCAGAUUUCAUGGCACAAUUGCUUGGUAACUAUUCCAUUCCCAAUGAUCAAGAAGCUGGAUCAAUGUUGAGCCUAGGAAUUCCGUCGGCGAUUUGGCCGGAUCACGAAGCUGCCGGAAAAGCGAAUGGGAGUGAUGAGAGCUCAUACUAUUGUUCAGAUAUCAGUUACCCUCAAGGGAGUAGCUAUAGCAGUGGUAGUAGUAGUCUCUUACUACCCAAUUCCGGUCACCAUCGCUACCACCACCACCACCACCAUGGAAACUACUACUUGACCACUUCAAAUCCAAUUUUGGUGAACAAUAGUAGUUCCAUGUCCAUAGAUCUCUCUAUGGUGCAUGAUCAGCAAAAUAACAACUCCUCAUCCAUUCAAGUCUUUGCUGAUAAACCAAUGGAAGAAGGUUCUUACUUCAAUGAAGAGAUGAGCGGUGACAGCGUUCGCGAAUCUGGUGCAUCCCCAUCAAUGAAGAGGAGACUCGAGAUGCCAGAACCAGAUCAUGCCAAUGCAGAUGACAAAAUGGACACCAACCCAUCUGAGUACCCAAGGAAGAAAUCUCGGGUUCCAAGAGAGGUCCAAAGGAAGAAGAAUGUGCAAUCAAAGAAGAACCAGAAGCUGAACCCAAUUACCAGCAAUGAAGAAGAAGAGAAUGCUACUACAAACAUGCAGAGUACUAGCAGUGACUGUUCUGAGGAUGACUCCAAUGGUUCUCAGGAGCUAAAUGGAGGAGGAGCAACUACGUCAACCUCUAAAGGUUCUGUAGCUCUCAACUUGAAUGGGAAAACAAGAGCCAGUAGGGGUUCAGCCACUGAUCCCCAAAGCCUCUAUGCUAGAAAGCGAAGAGAAAGAAUAAACGAGCGAUUGAGAAUCCUACAAAACCUCGUCCCCAAUGGCACAAAGGUUGACAUCAGUACAAUGCUAGAAGAAGCUGUACAAUAUGUCAAAUUUUUGCAGCUCCAAAUCAAGCUUUUAAGCUCUGAUGAUCUAUGGAUGUAUGCUCCCAUUGCUUACAAUGGAAUGGACAUUGGGCUUGACUUGAAGAGAUGAUCACUUU